CCACGUGCACGGUCUGCAUACAUAGAAACCAGGAGCAGACACCCAGCUCUGCACUGAGGGGAUUACAAACUUGGCUGGGAGGAUAGCAGAGACUCACUGGCUGGGGAGGAGAACUUGGACCUUUCCCGAUCCAGCCUUGGAAAGCUUUUCUUGCCUCCUGCUGUGACCCAUCCUUCCAUCCCAUGCCAUUCAGAAUCCAGCAGCCCUGACCUGCAUGGAGACACCACCAUGCCCUGUGCCCAGCACUGCCCCUCAUUGGGCGCAGAGCCUUCUUGAAGUAAGCGGCACUGGUGGCGGCAAUCCCACCCACACGAUUGGCUGGCAUUGGGGCAAGUGCCUCUUGUCCCCUCCUGCAGGGGUGUGAGUUGGGGGGCCGUUUGAAGUAGCUGUGCAUGUGUAAAAGGAUGACCCUGAGUGAAUACUUGGUGCUAAUGGCACAAUCCUGUUUGGGUUUCUUGGAGGAGUAGUGGCUUUUAUAAUGGGAGCAUGAGACUUUCCUAUGGGAACACGAAGUGACAGGUGAAGAAUACCCCAAACGCCUCAUCCUCUGGACAUAUAUAGCACACACAGAGCUGUGAAUCCUGAGACUUUCCCCGGGUGUUACUGGACAGGGGCUGGAUCCUGUAUCAGGGGAUAUACCCUCUCCCUCCCUCCAGAUGCCUGUAACUGUCUCCUUAUGUGCUCUUCAUAACCAGUAGUGGAAAUGACAGCAAGUCCAGCUUACAUAGCCGUGGAGGUGAUCAUUGCUGUGCUGUCCAUCGUGGGGAACGUGUUAGUGUGUUGGGCAGUGGCCAUCAACAGCACUCUGAAGAAUGCCACCAACUACUUCUUGGUGUCGCUGGCAGUGGCUGAUAUAGCGGUGGGGCUCCUUGCCAUUCCUUUUGCAAUCACCAUCAGCAUCGGUUUCAAAACCGAUUUCCACAGCUGCCUGUUCUUUGCCUGCUUUGUGCUGGUGCUCACCCAGAGCUCUAUCUUUAGUCUCUUGGCUGUAGCCAUUGACAGAUACCUAGCCAUCAAGAUACCUCUCAGGUAUAAAAGUUUGGUGACUGGAAAGAGGGCAAGAGCUGUCAUUGCAAUCUUCUGGAUCCUGUCCUUCGGGAUUGGCUUGACACCACUUAUGGGCUGGAACCGGUUGGAAGACACAUGUCCAGCUGCUAAUAGCAACAAUUGCACUGUUCCGUGCUUAUUUGAAUCAGUGGUCACUAUGAGUUACAUGGUCUACUUCAAUUUUUUUGGAUGCGUUUUGCUUCCUCUCCUGAUCAUGCUGGGUAUAUAUGUAAAAAUCUUCAUGGUUGCCCGCAUGCAGCUAAGACAAAUCGAACUUAAGUGUGUCAAUUCAGAGAACUCUAGGACAACGCUCCAAAAAGAAGUGAAUGCGGCCAAGUCUCUUUCCAUUAUUGUCGGUCUCUUUGCAUUUUGUUGGCUGCCCAUUCACAUUCUAAACUGCAUAACACUGUUUGAGCCCAACUUUAACAAGACAAAGCCUGAGUGGGUGAUGUAUAUGGCUAUUAUUUUGUCUCACGCCAACUCAGUAGUGAACCCCAUUAUAUAUGCCUAUAAAAUAAGGGAUUUCCGUUACACUUUCCGCAAGAUCAUAUCAAAGUACUUGAUCUGCAAAAAGGAGAACUUUUCCAAAUGUCCUAACGGCAGCAUCAGCCAAAACAGACACUUGCAUAUUAGCAGCGUAAGUGCUGGUAACACGUUUAUGUGAUGAUGUACAUAUGACAUACAGAUGCCUUCAUUUAUCCCACUGGGUGUGACUGGCUGUGAAGAUUCCAUGUCACUAAGUCCUGUGGACACACUGUAGAUUCUUGCUGGGGACAAUUGAGGAUUUGAUGAUUGACCACUUUGCUGCUGCACUUUCUCUUUUUGAGACAUUGCCUCACUAUUAGUUUUGCUGUAAGAUGUUACUGACAACUCUUGCGACCUUGGGUUUGUUGACUGCAGUGAUGGUCAACUUUUCUUUAUGUGGUCAAACUAAUUUGUUUAUGUCUAACAGAGCCUAUUCGUAACUUCCCCCCAAAGGUUGUACAGAGCUGGAUUAACCAUUAGGGCAAACUAGGGGCAGUGGAUUGUGGUGAGCUCAUAAUUUGGCUCAGCAAG